AUUACCGAUUGGCCCGUCGGCCGGCCGUUGAACGCUCUCCUACCGAGACUUGGAUUGCUCCUCCUCUCCCUUAACUUCUCAUUCCACCGGAUCCCUUCGUUGUUCCUACACACGCAAGUUGUUCCCGAGAAAUACAUCGACUCUUACUGACGACUCUCAUCAAAAUGCCCAUCAAGAAGAUCCACGCCCGUCAAAUCUUCGACUCCCGGGGUAACCCCACCGUGGAGGUGGACCUCACCACCGAGAAAGGCAUUUUCCGAGCGGCCGUGCCCUCUGGCGCCUCUACCGGCAUCUAUGAGGCCCUGGAGCUCCGCGACCAGGACAAGUCCAAGUAUAUGGGCAAGGGCGUGUCCAAGGCGGUGGAGAACAUCAACACCAUUAUCGCCCCCAAGUUGGUGGAGAUGAGCUUGGACCCCGUGGACCAAGCCAAUGUAGACAAAGUCAUGUUGGACAUGGACGGCACUGACAACAAGAACAAGUUGGGCGCCAACGCCAUCUUGGGCGUGUCUAUGGCCGUGUGCAAGGCCGGUGCCGCUCAUAAGGGCGUACCUUUGUACCAGCACAUUGCCGACUUGGCCGGUGUCAAGGAGGUUAAGAUGCCCGUGCCCGCUUUCAACGUCAUCAACGGCGGAUCGCACGCCGGCAACAAGCUGGCUAUGCAGGAAUUCAUGAUCUUGCCCACGGGUGCGGCCAAUUUCACCGAGGCCAUGCGCAUGGGCUCCGAGAUCUACCAUCAUUUGAAGGCCGGCAUCAAGGCCAAGUACGGUUUGGAUGCCACUGCCGUGGGUGACGAGGGUGGCUUUGCCCCCAACUUCCAGAACAACAAGGAGGCUCUAGAGCUCUUGGUGGGGGCCAUCGACAAGGCCGGAUACACUGGCAAGAUCCAGAUUGGCAUGGACGUGGCCGCGUCGGAAUUCCGCAAGGGCGAGAAGUACGAUCUGGACUUCAAGAACCCCGAAUCCAAGGAAGCCGACUGGAUCUCGUCCGAUGCCUUGGGCGAAAUGUACAAGGGCUUUAUCAAGGACUUCCCCGUCACUUCCAUCGAGGAUCCCUUCGAUCAAGACGACUGGGAGGGCUGGACCAAGUUGACCGGCGAAACCUCCAUCCAAAUCGUCGGUGACGACUUGACCGUGACCAAUCCCAAGCGAAUCCAAAUGGCCGUGGACAAGAAGUCGUGCAAUUGUCUGCUCUUGAAGGUCAACCAAAUCGGCUCAGUCACAGAGUCCAUCGAGGCCCACAACCUCGCCAAGAAGAAUGGCUGGGGCACUAUGGUCUCGCAUCGAUCUGGCGAGACAGAGGAUUGCUUCAUUGCCGAUUUGGUGGUGGGUCUCUGCACCGGCCAAAUCAAAACUGGAGCGCCUUGCCGAUCUGAGCGUUUGGCCAAGUACAAUCAAUUGCUCCGGAUUGAGGAGGAGUUGGGAGCCAAUGCCAAGUUUGUGGGCGAGAAGUUCCGCAACCCUGAUGCUUAAAUAAACUGACCCCUCUGCACCAACAAGAAUCGAGGAGAGAACAUUUCCGAAAUAAUCUUGCUGAACUAAGCUGAGGUGUGCUGAUACACCUCACUGCUGCGGGAUUUCCACCUGACCCGCUCAACUUGGCCAGGUCUAAACCAUCACCAUUACCAUUUUAAAUAUGUCUCCUUAACUAAAAAAAAACAGUGAAAAAUUAAUGUCUUGGAAUUUAGAUUCAACCUUAUUUUAAGCAUUGCACGGUGAAUAAACUUGUAGCUUUAACUCUAAA